AUGAAGACCAAUACAGAAUACAAAUUGGAUACUGUCAAGAUUCUCGAGAAAGAUGAUAUCGUCGGCAAAAUUGGUAUUUUAGUAUUCAAGAUGACACCCAAAUCAACAUUCGGCCAGACUGGCGCCGUAACAUCGUUGUCGACCGAAAUGAGUCGAAAAAUCAACAAAAUCCUGCUUCCUGGCAUGUGA